UAUGUUCCCCACUGGUUGACUAAUCCUCCUAUCGCCAUUAAACCAUUACAAGGGUGAUGGAUUCUCAAUCAGUGAGAUCAGCCAAUGGGUUUUAAAAAUGAAAAUUAGUAAGAAGAAGCACUAUAAUCUGCGUUUGAAAUUGGAGACUUGCACAAGUUUUAUAACAACUGGACAGCAAUUAGUUCAGCUUCCAUGGAAAUCGGCAAGAGUUCAUGCACCCAAACAAGUAUCUGCUCGACAAGGGCCCACGCCGCCCUCUUCGGCAUAGCGAGAGAAACGCAGGUGCCAGGUGUGUAACCAUCUGAACCGAUUACCAUGUACCCCUACAAAGCCACAAAAUGAGUAAAUGUUUUCUGCAUUACAUGAUUUCAUCAGUGAUACCAUCAAUACAUAUAGAACAUAUCACAUACUUUGCCAGAUGUAUACUAUGGAAACACGACUUAUUUCUUGUUUUCCAAACAGUCAAAACAGAGAUGCCACCAAUUGGCACAAACUUUCUCUCUUUCACAGCAUAGCCCAACUCUGACAAAGAUAAACAAGAGAUGAAGGGACGUUAAUUGUUAUAGCCCCCACAAAACUCACUGAGUAUCUAUCCAAGGGGCAAGCAAAUAAUAGAAGAUCUGUGGAUUCAUUAACUCCACAAAACUCACACGUUUCUGAGCCUUGGCAACCCCUGCUGUUAAGGUUGUGUUUAGUCCAAGUCUUAUUCAUCCUUAAUUACCAGCCAAACACAUAAUUUGAUUACCAGCCAAACACUGGCCGGACAGGAAAAACAUAAAAACUAUACAGCGGGAACUUGGAGGGGAAAAUAGAUCAAGAGCGGAGUUGCACAUCUCCCGGUGGAGAGAGAAUCAAUGUUUUGGAUUGAGAAUAUCAGGGCAAAGUAGGAAACAGAUCAAAGGCCAGGUAAAAAAUGGUUCAAACUCGUAUUGAUUCACCAAACCAACCAUGUCACUUAACUCCAAACAACAGGGAAAACAUGGGUACAUUUUCAAGGGGACUCGUUAGCAAGGUCGUCGUCAAGCUAAUCCAGAGCAGAUGGCACAUGCAUGCUACAUCAACAAGGGUUAGUCUAAUCCCUAAUUCACAAGUUGAACAGUAUAAAACCUCCAAGUCACGUCUUCCAAAAUAUUCAUGAAUCAUAUACACUCAGUUUAGCAUCAUCGGUCUAUUGACUAUGCAUAUUCCGUCAAAUUUAAAAUCCUAUGCCACAAUUAUCAUUACGGAAGCUGAUGCCUAAACAAUUUUUUUUCUCAGUAUCAUUACGUUUUGCCUUGUCACCAUGCUGACGAACAGCUGCACAGCUAGCAUUAGGCUCAACCGCUCAACCUCCGAGUUCCACUGUCAUCAGAUUAAACCGCUAGCGCUAUAUAUCUGAGGGGGCUAGACACCAUGUCUUUCACCAGAGUUGAGACUCGAGGUGCUAUUUCCUGUAGACAACGAGCAAAUGGUGCAUCCAGAGCAAAGCAAUGAUGAUAACCUCAUGCUGGACCUGCGCAAGUACAUCCUGGUGAUGGCCAUCCUGGCGGCGACGGUGACCUAUGUCGCUGGGCUCAACCCGCCUGGAGGAGUCUGGCUGAGCAGCAAGGACGGCUACCUCAUCGGCAACCAGAUUCUUGUGGUGACGGACCACCCCCGGUACAACGCCUUCUUCUACAGCAACGGGGCCGCAUUCAUGGCGUCGGUCGUGGUAAUCCUCCUCCUCCUCCUCGUGGAGCAGAGGGAGAAUGCCGAAAAAGGCUCCUCGCCCCGCUUUAUAGAUAAAGCAAUAACCACGCGGUGGUGGCAGAAUCCCAAGCCGCUCAUCCUCCUCGCGCUGAGGGUGGUCAUGGCGCUGGACAUGCUCGCGCUCAUGGUGGCAUACGCUGCAGGGGCCAGCCGUGGAAUGGUCACAACUGUCUUCUCCUCCGUGCUGGUAUCUGUUGUCUCCAUCUAUGCUGUGUUUCAUAUGAUCAAGUAUAUCAGCGCAGGAAAACUGGAAGAAAAUGCUGAAGCCAGUGGCGAGGAUAAAAAACUUGAGCGGGCACGUCAGAUUAUGAUGUUGUUUGCAAUUUUUGCGGCAACAAUAACCUACACGGCGGGGAUGAGCCCCCCAGGUGGCUUCUGGCCGGAUACCCAGGACAGCCACCGUGCCGGUGACCCGGUCCUGCUAGAUGACCACUCACGCCGGUUUGUGGCCUUCUUCGUCUGCAACACCUUUGCAUUCAUCACAUCCCUAGCUGCCAUCAUGCUACUUACAACCGUCACCAGCAAGCUCGAGGAGGGCUCUUACAAGAAGUGGUGCCACCAUGCGCCAUACGUGUGCGUAAACGUGGCAUUGCUUGGCCUUUUCGUGGCCUACGCCAUUGGGAGCUGCAGGAAGACUCGCUCUACCGUCUACUUAUUCAGUCUGGUUCUCCCGGUUCUCAUAUACACCGUUCUCCAGUUCAUGAUCCAGAAAUUCCUGGAGCAAAUAAAAAGACUUCUAGCAUCAUGUUUGAUCGAGAACAAUCUAAGAUCAUGCUGGGGCAGGAAUGACAAUGACCAUGAGAAAGACAACCGGCUGAAGAAGGCCCAUUCUCUCGUACUGCUACUUGCAACCCUUGCCACGACCAUCACCUACCAAGCGGGGAUGAACCCACCGGGUGGCUUCUGGCCCGACAACCGUGACGGGCACAAGGGAGGUGACCCGGUACUUGUAACCACGCAUGCUAGACGCUACAGGGUGUUCUUCUACUGCAACUCGGUCGCCCUUGUGACUUCCGUAGUUGUCAUCGUCAUGGUCCUGAGCAAGCAUGUGACAUCAAGCGUCGUCCACAAGCGACACGCCCUGGAGGCUGCCAUGAUACUAGACCUGCUCAGCCUCAUGGCUGCGUAUGCAGUCGGCUGUUGCCGGGAUGUAACCACCUCCCUCCACGUCAUCGCUCUGGCUGGUGCAGUAUUGGUCUACGUGGUGAUCCACAUCGUCUUCUUCACGCUAGAUCCUAAGGUCAGGCCGGAGGAGGAGAUGAACAAGAAACGCAAGCUGCUGCUGCUGCUAGCCAUCUUGGCCGCAACCAUCACUUACCAAGCUGGGUUGACCCCACCUGGCGGCUUUUGGGGUGAGGACGACGGGUUUGGUCAUAGAGCAGGUUAUCCUGUCCUCUUGAGUAACUACCCUCGCCGUUACACAACGUUCUUCUACUGCAACGCCACGAGCUUUAUGGCAUCCAUAGCCAUGAUCAUCCUCCUUGUGAAUCCGAACCUGUACACACCCGGCAUAAAUUGUUAUGCACUCUAUGUGUGUGCUCUGGCGGGCUUAUUUGGCCUCGUGGGUGCCUAUGUCGCAGGAAGCUCCCGGCAUGUGCGGACAUCCAUCAUUGUGGUUGCAUUGGUUGCUGUGGUGUUCGUGUUUGUCAUCUUACUGCUUAUAGUGCUGAAGCAGAAUAAAGAUCCCAAGCCUACAAAGAGCCAGGUAGAUGAAAAGGGCACAGAAGAAAAAAAUAUCCAGGAAGAUGGAAAGGGUACAGAGGAAAAAAUGAUCCAGGAAGUUGAAAAGGGUACAGAAGAAAAAAAUAUCCAGGAAGAUGAAGAGGGUACAGAAGAAAAAAAGAUCCGGGAAGUUGAAGAGGGUACAGAAGAAAAAAAGAUCCAGGAAGAUGAAGAGGGUACAGAAGAAAAAAAGAUCCAGGAAGAUGAAGAGGGUACAGAAGAAAACAAGAUCCAGGAAGUUGAAAAAGGUACAGAAGAAAAAAAGACUCAGGAAGAAAAAAAGCGUACUAUUAAAGAAAAAAAAGAAUACACCAAGGGAAAGUAUUUGAUGCUGGUGGGCAUCUUAGUGGCGAGUGUCACCUAUCAGGCCGGCCUUACUCCACCCGGCGGAGUGUGGCCGGACAGCAGCAAUGGGCACACGGCUGGCGACUCGGUCCUGCAUGACAGCAACAAGCACCGGUACCGUUUUUUUUUCUACAGCAACUCCAUUUCCUUCCUAGCGUCGGCCAUCGUCAUCCUCCUACUCCUGCUGGACAAGCCACUGUUUUCGGAGAAGGGACUCCUAGGCAUGAAGAGCAAGGAGCUGCUCCGAGUAGCGCAGUCUUCGGUUGUGCUGGCCUUGCUUGGCCUCCUUUGGGCAUAUGCCUCUGGCUGCAGCCGCGAGUGGGAGACAUUUGGUUACAUUGGCGCACUUGCCUUUGCCGUGCUGCUCUACAUUGCCAUCCAUGUGGUACUAUCGUGCCGUGACAAGAAAGACGAGUCUCCUGCCAAGCAAUGCAAUUGCAAAUGCAUAUGUAAAGCCGGUGGAGGAGCACUGGAGGGAACUAAAGUUGGGGCUAACAAUGUUUAGGGAUCUUCUGCUC